CCUCAGUAUCCGGGGCUGGUCUUGCAUCAGGGCCUUCUGCUGGACCACGGUCGCCUGUACAUCCCGCCAGGGCCACUGCGGGCUGAGGUUCUCCGGAUGACCCAUGAUGCUCCAGCAGCGGGGCACUUUGGGCGGUAUCGGACCACCCAUCUGGUAAGCCGUGAGUUUUGGUGGCCCCGCCUGAAGGCUGACGUGGCUCGCUCGGGCGACCCCCCCGGCCUACUUCAGCCAUUGCCAGUUCCACCACGUCCUUGGCACACGGUUUCGCUGGAAUUUGUAGUGGACUUACCCCCGUCUUGUGGCUGUACCUGCCUUCUAGUUUUCUCCGACCAUUUCACUAAGAUGGUGCACUCUGCCCCCUGCCCAUCCGUACCCACAGCUAAGGAAACCGCUCAGCUGUACCUUCAGCAUGUCUUCCGCCUGCAUGGCCUACCUGAGCGUGUGGUGUCCGACCGGGGCGUUCAGUUCACAUCCCGGUUCUGGCGAGCAUUGCACCAGACCCUUGGGACAGAGGUCUGUCUCUCGUCAGCCUACCACCCACAGACCGAUGGCCAGACGGAACGGGCGAACGCGGUGCUGGAGCAGUACCUCCGGUGUUACUGCAGCUACCAGCAGGAUGACUGGGUCGACCACCUAGCAUUGGCGGAGUUCGCUUACAACAAUGCGGUGAAUGCGUCCACCCAGCAGACCCCGUUCCAGGCCAGUUACAGUUAUCAUCCACGGCUGUUUCCAGAUGUGCUGCUGGCAUCCGCGGUCCCUGCGGUGACGGAGUGGCUUCAGGAGCUCCAGUCCCAGCAACAGCUAUUGAUGGAGCAACUGCGCCAGGCCAAGGAGGCGUACAAGGCCCAGGCCACCGCCAGGUGGGGCCGGAACUACACGUCGGUGACCUGGCAUGGCUCUCCACUCGCCACCUCCACCCCUCUCGACCUUCGCGGAAGUUGGACACCCGUUUCACCGGCCCGUUUUCUAUCGGGGACCAAGUCUCACCUGUGGCAUUCCGUCUCCGGUUGCCCGCAACCCUGA